GAAGUUCCGCUUCCGCAAUACAGGUGAAUUUGCUAUUUUGGCGGUGUUUUGGUACUUUUGAUGUGCAAGUGAAUCCAUGGAAACCAUGAUUAACCAGAUGAUGAUUCAGAAUAUUCAAAUUUAAUCAUUUUACAUUGAACUGGAAUUUCUCUGAUCAUUCAGAUAUCGAAAUUCAAGCAACGAAUUUCGUCUCUCCUUUAUUUCCUGAGUCACACCCCUCCAGAAGUUUGGUAUUGUCUCAAUGCGGAAGUAAGCACGGUAUUGCUCUGAGCGGUAUACGCUGUGAGCCUAGCCUGUGUGUGACCGUGGUUAAUCAAUGCGCUGACUGAGAAACUUUUCAAGAAUAGUUAUAACUUUAUAAAACCUGUAUCCAUCUGAAAUAAAUAUCAGGAUUGUCAAGCAAGGCCAAGGAUUCAAUGGAACAAUGAUUUUCUGUCGUGCAUGCUAACGCCGACCGAUCCGAAGAGCUAAACUAAAGGCAAAGCUGCAAUUGCGUAUAAAAUCUUAUUUCCAGAUAUUCGAUCAUAAGUCUAAGACUCGUUUUUGGUUGCAUUCAUGGCUUAGUCUUUACUUUUACCACCAUAAUUUAAGGCACCAAGUUCAAGUAAAGACUGAUUUUGGAAUCGGAGUCUAGUAGAACGGUUGUUGUAUGGAAGUUCAGAAGGCUCUUCUUGUCUAGAUCAACCAGACAUUGCUUAUUAACAUGGCUUCCUUGAUGAAAGUAAGAUGGUUGCCCUGCCUAGUGAUCACUUCCCUGAUAUUGAUAGGAAGAAUAGGUGGAAGCAGGAACGGAGAGCUUGCAUCAUACUUUAGAGAUGAUUUCCGAGGUGAAUCACUCAGCCAGAUGGUGGUCAGUAAUGCAAGCGGGAUAGAGUUUGUGUACGUUGGAGGGGACUCCACUAUCUACCGGCUCAACACAGAUUUGAACCAAUUGAGGGAGGAGGCAACCUGUCUUGACCCAGGAUGUGAUGCAAAGAUUUUGGAGGUUGCUCCGUCUCCUGUUAAUAAACUUAUUUACUGUGGGAGUUCUGAUGGGAAAUGUGGAUUCAGAGACUUAACCAGUCUUUUAAGUGAUAAUGUGGAUUACAUGCAUACAUUUGUUCAAGAAGGGAUGUCUGUUGGUGUGGUCACAGAGAAAUCAGCAAGAGAGUUGAUAAUGUUUGUUGCCCAAUCACACUCGGCUGCUACUGAUCGCCUUUAUCCAAUUUCCCAGACUGAACUGCAAGGUCCUAAAACCCUUGUUCUUUCACAAUCGAUACGACAAGUUGAUGGCGAUGCUACAGUAGAGUAUAUUCAAGGAGUUUCUUGGAAGAAUUACUCCUACUUCAUUGUACAUAGUGGCAGUGAAAACACCAGACUUGGUAGAAUCUGUGCACAGAAUGAACAAGGUGACCUUGAUGCAUACUCAGAAAUCAUACUAUCAUGCCAGGAUACCUCAUAUGACAGUCUUGAAGCAGUCGACAUUGAUCUGAUUAAUGAUACUUUGUAUGGUGUCUUCACAAAUGGAACAAGUUCAGUUUUGUGUUCGUAUGCAAUGAUUGAUAUUCAGGAGAAGUUUAUUGAUGCUACUUGUGGCUGUGCACGCUCAGAGUCUGAUGAUGCAGGUUGUGAUGGAAAACGGAUAUCAUACUUAUCCAACUCAGAGUGCUUCUCAAGAGUUAAUGAUAGAAAUGGUGUUAAGGACUCUCAGUGUGUAUCCCUUGGAGAUCAAGGUCAAAAACUGUAUCAAUAUGCUGAGGCCAGAAGUGCCCUCAAUGGAACUGUUCUAGAUUUUAAUCUUCCUGGACAACAUUCAUCUCUUGUCAUCUUUAAUAAAGAAAUCAUCACUGUUGCCUUGGUAAUCACUUCAUCAUCACCAUCAUCUGCUACUCUCAACAAGAUUCAUAUACAAUCUGACAAUAGUGGAAGACGUUAUGAGAUGGUUGAACUUGAUACUAAUGGUGACCUCCUAAAAGAUGCUUAUAUCAACAAUGAGAGUGAGGAGCUCUAUAUUCUGACAACAGGAGAGGUUAUGAAACUAGCUGUUGUCAACUGCAGCCAGUAUGAGACCUGUGGUGAAUGCCUUGGCCCAUCCAAUGAUGAAGGAGACCCUUUCUGUGGAUGGUGCAUCUUUGAGACAAAGUGCAGUAGAGCCAGUGAAUGUGGUGACGCUACAAAUCGACUUCAGUAUAAUGAGGACUGCAUCGCCAUCAACAAUUUAAGUUCAGAAUACCAGGAAAUAGGUGACAAUCCUCAGAUGGUCAGCUUCGAUGUCUCUCAACUGCCGAUUCCAGUCUCUGAUUCUGAAUACACUUGUCGGUUUGAUGGAAUUGAAACUGACACAGAUGUUAAUGGCAUGAGUAUUAACUGCUCGACCCCCGCAGUAGGUGAUAGGCCUGAAAUACAAAAUGGUGAAAAUUCUGUUACCAUGGUGCUUGGUGUUUAUUCUAAUUCUCAAGAUGUUAUCAUUGUCACAGCAGAUUAUGACUUCUUUAGUUGCUCAGCAAUAAAAAGUUGUUCAGAAUGUACGUCAAGUAAAUGGGGCUGUGACUGGUGUGUAUAUGCAGGCAGAUGUACAUUGAAUGGGGUCUCCAGCUGCACCGCAGAUGGUGAAAAUGUAGUAGAAAAUGGAGAGGAAGGAUCGUGUCCUCGAUUGGAUGAUGUGUCAAAGGAAAUCUUGAUACCUGUUGGUCUGAGACGGGUUAUACAUCUUACUGGCACCAACCUUCCCAGCACCACCAAUCCAACACAGGUGGAUUACAAGUGUGUCCUGAGCAGAGAUGGAAUACCAUUCAAAACGGUUUCCGUAAGCAAUGUCAAUAGCACAUUUGUGGAAUGUGAGGAAACAGAGUAUGAUUACAAUUCAACGGAUGGUCUAGAAAUACAAGUCAGCAUUAGUGUGGAGUACUUGUCAAGCGGUGUUUUCAUUGAUAACAGAGAUAAUACAGUCACCUUGUAUAACUGCGCUGUGAAUGGAAUGAGCUGUCGUAGUUGCGUGACACUGGAAAUCAGAGAUGUGCUUGAGUGUGGAUGGUGCGAGGGAACAUCAACCUGUCAAGUGAAUGUCGAUGAUAGACAGUGUGGGAGCAAUUUCUUGAGAAGAGGAGAUUCUACCAGUUGCCCAAAUGCUGCAAUUACUAAAAUCUUCCCAGUCUCUGGUCCAAUUGAAGGGAAUACCACACUGACAAUCAGCGGAACAAACCUUGCUGCACAAUUUGAUGAGAUUUCUAAUAUCACAGUGGCAACAGUUGAAUGCAUUGCUACCAACCUCACCUUCAACCCUGGAACCAGCAUUGACUGUGUGACUGGAAGCUCACAUAAUGAGACUUUGGAAGGACCUGUAACUGUUGUGUUCAGCUUUGGGUCUGAUACGUCAGGUGAAUCCUUCUCAUACAAGAACCCUAGUGUAAGUGAAUUCUCACCUGUAACUGGGAUAGCAGCUGGAGGAACUGAGCUUGAAAUCAGUGGAAAUGACUUGAAUACUGGAAAGAGAUAUCAGGGUUUUUGUUGGGAAUGCUGAGUGUAAAAUCACAGAGAACAGUAUAACAUCUGAGCUGAUAAGAUGUUUAACUGGAUCAUCUAUUGAGGGCAAUUUUUCAGUUACCGUGAGCUUUGAUGGAGCAGAGAGA